AUGACCUUCUCCCAGCUCGUGGACAGCGUGAACAGCAGGGGCCCCUUCCAGUUCCUCAUCCUGGUCCUGCUGGGCCUCCCCAUCCUCGGCAUGGCCAACCACAACCUGCUGCAGAUCUUCACGGCCGCCACGCCCGCCCACCACUGCCGCCCGCCCCCCAACGCCUCCGCGGGGCCCUGGCUGCUCCCCCUGGGCCCCAACGGCAAGCCUCAGCCGUGCCUCCGGUUCGUGUCCCCCCCCAACGCCAGCCUGCCCAACGGCACCCGGGGCGCCACCGAGCCGUGCCUGGACGGCUGGGCCUACAACAGCAGCACCGGGGACUCCAUCGUGACUGAGUGGGACUUGGUGUGCGACUCCAACAAGCUGAAGGAGAUGGCCCAGUCCGUGUUCAUGGCGGGCACGCUGGUCGGGGGCAUCGUGCUGGGAGGCCUGUCUGACAGGUUUGGCCGGAAGCCCAUCCUGUCGGGCAGCUACCUGCUGCUGGCGGCCAGCGGCUCGGGCGCCGCCUUCAGCCGCUCCUUUGCCAUCUACAUGGUCUUGCGCUUCCUGUGCGGCUUCAGCAUAGCCGGGGUCACCCUGAGCACCGUGAUCCUGACUGUCGAGUGGAUGUCCACGCAGCUGCGGGCCAUCAUGACGGUCGGGAUCGGCUACUUCUACACCACCGGCCAGUUCAUUCUGCCCGGCCUGGCCUACGCCAUCCCCCAGUGGCGCUGGCUGCAGCUGACCGUGUCCGUUCCCUUCUUCGCCUUCUUCCUGCUGUCCUGGUGGGUCCCCGAGUCCAUCCGCUGGAUGGUGCUGUCCGGAAAGUCCCUGAAGGCCCUCAAGAUCCUCCGCUGGGUGGCCGCCUUCAACGGCAGGAAGGAGGAGGGAGAGAAGCUCAGCGUGGAGGAGCUCAAACUCAACCUGCAGAAGGAGAUCUCCUUGGCCAAGGCCAACUACAGCGUAGCCGACCUGUUCCGGACGCCCGUGCUGCGGCGCGUGACCUUCUGUCUCUCCCUCGCCUGGUUUUCCACCGGCUUCGCCUACUACAGCUUGGCGAUGGGUGUGGAAGACUUUGGAGUCAACCUCUACCUCCUCCAGGUCAUCUUUGGGGGGGUGGACAUCCCAGCCAAGUUCAUCACCAUCCUCUCCAUGAGCUACCUGGGCCGGCACACCACGGAGGUCAUCGCCCUGCUCCUGGCAGGGGCGUCCAUCCUGGCUCUCAUCUUCGUGCCCUCGGACCUGCAGGCCCUGCGGACGGUGCUGGCGGUGUUCGGGAAGGGCUGCCUGUCCAGCUCCUUCAGCUGCCUCUUCCUCUACACGAGCGAGCUGUACCCCACCGUCAUCCGGCAGACGGGCAUGGGCAUGAGCAACGUGCUGGCUCGAAUAGGGAGCAUGACGGCCCCUCUGGUGAGAAUCACGGGGGAGCUGCACCCCUUUGUCCCCAAUCUCAUUUUCGGAGCCUCCGCCCUCCUGGGAGGCGGCGCUUCCCUCUUCCUGCCGGAGACCCUCAACCAGCCCCUGCCGGAGACCAUCGAGGACAUGGAGACAUGGUCUCCCUCCGCGAAGGAGUCCAAGCCGGAGCCGGAAGCGGGAAAAGACUCCCAGAGGAUCCCCCUGCAGCCUUGCGGACCAGACCUGCGCCCCAGCUGA